AAAUAACCUUGUUAUGUAAAUUAAAACAUGAUAAGCAGACUUUUUGCGUUUUUUGUAAACCAAAAGUAUAAUCAUGUGUUGCAUUAUUGUUGAGAAUCCAAUAUUACGUAUAUAUUAAUUAUUAGAUAGAUGUCAUUAUUAUUGAAAUUCGCAAAAUUAACUGAAAAAGCAUUUGUACCAACAAAAGGAUCGAAAUAUGCUGCUGGAUAUGAUUUAAGAAGUGCUUAUGAAUAUAUUGUGCCUCCAAAUGGUAAAGAACUUAUCAAAACUGAUUUACAAAUUGAAGUUCCUGAAAAUACGUAUGGGAGAAUAGCACCGCGUUCAGGAUUGGCAUGGAAAUAUCAUAUUGAUGUAGGCGCUGGCGUUAUUGAUGCUGAUUAUCGUGAAGAAAAUGUAUGGAAGCUCUGUCAGGAUGUAGCAACUAGACAUGGAUCAGAAUUACAACAUUGUUACGUUGUUUUCGUGAGCAAUUCCUGGCGUAGCGUACCGCUUUGGCGACAACGAGCAGGAAAGGAUGAGGAUAAGCUUGUAGUUUGGGACUUCCAUGUAAUUCUUAUCUAUGCACCCGAUGAAAGAGCGGUCGUAUAUGAUUUAGAUAGUGCAUUGCCAUUUCCAACGCAUUUUUGGAAAUACGCGAUGGAAACAUUCAGAUCAGAUGAAGUGCUGCAACCAGAGCAUCAUAGAAGAUUCAGAGUAAUCCCAGCUAAUGUGUACUUGCGAGAAUUUGCUUCGGAUCGGCAUCAUAUGAAACGUGAGGAUGGAACGUGGAUCAAGACACCACCGGAUUAUCCGCCAAUUUCAACAUCAACAUGCAAGGACAACUUGGAUUCCUUUAUUAAUAUGGAUCCGGGAACCGGAUUCGGGGUUGUAUUAACUUUAGAUCAGUUAUUCGAACGAUUUCAUAGGCCACUUGCGAACGCAACAGCUCCUCGUACACCUCAUCCGCAACCAACACCAACUUAAGUAAAUUAUUAAGUAAGUUUUGUCAGGAUAAUGUUUAUUUGCUUCAAUUUCCAAUUGUCAAAAAUCAAUUGUAUGGCCUAAGGGAAUUGGUUAGGUGCAUGUACUUAUCUUUGUGAGCUGAAAUAUAAGAUUAAAAUUCGAUAAUAAUAUUACUUAAACAUUGUUAAUCAUUCAAAAUCGCAGUUUCUGAGAACUGAAAUGAAUGAUAACACAUAAUUCAAAAUCGAUCAAUUCGUUUUUAUGAACAUUCCUAAUCUUGUUAUAAACUUUUAAUAUAAUUCAUGACAUUUUUCUUUGAUAUGUUUGUGGUUUUGAAUCUGAAUUAUUCAUCUGAAUUAAUUCGACAGAUUAAAUAUAUUAUUUUAUGAAAAAAUGAUAUAAAACAAAUAAUUAUUUAAGAUAAAUUAUUAUUAUUAAAUAUUGAAGAUAAGUUUAUGAAUCUCGAAUAUCUUCAUACCUUAUUAAACUAAUCCAAACAAGGAACAUAAUUGAUUCAUAAAACUACGAAUAUGUUAAAUGUGUCAUAUACUUUUUAUUCUUAUCUUUGAUUUUAAUUAUAUAUCUUAUAUAACGCACAGGAAUAGCACUUUCUUCAAGUGCCGUUGAUUACAUGCUACAAAUUUUUCAUAAUGCUAUUACUGUCGAACGCUACGACUCUAAUAUUUGUAUAUUAUAUUGGGAAAUCAAAACUUAUGAGGGAAGUCUUUGAGAAAAUCAAUUUUUAUAACGAUAUUAUUAUUUAUGGACAUUUACAUUAUUAUUAUGGGCAUUGACAUUAUAAUGUGAUGAAAUAUAUCUCCCAAAUUACGAUUAAUUUCAAAUAUUUAAUGUUUCUUAUCGAUUUUUUCUUUUCUAUUUCGAUUCCUUGUUAUAAGUUAGCUCUUUUUUUAUUUAUUCUCUUUUCGCAUUUUUCAAUUUAUAGUUCGCCACUUUGAUCGUAUUUCUUUUAUUUUUUUUCCUUAUUAUUAGAUAUUUCAGAUCGUCACUUUCCUUUCUUUGUUCUUUGAAUUAUUUUAUUUCUCUUCUAUAAUCAUUAUAUAGGUAGUAAUAUUAUUAUAAAAAAUGAUUUAUGAAAGGAUAUGUCUUCCCUUUGCUAGAUGUACUUAUCUGUAGAAAAAAUUCAAAAAAAGAAAAAAAAGAAAAAAACGAAAAAGAAAAAAAGAAGGAUCAUAUUAUCUAUAUCAAUAUUCAAGUUUACAGUCGAGUGAUUUAAUCUAUCGUGUGUGAAUAACGAUCGGGCUGUGCUGCAUUUUUCCAAUAGUCUCGAUAACUAUUUAUCUGUUGUAUUUCUAGGCUACGCUGAUAUAUUUGUUUUACUCUUUUUAAAAGUCUUUUUUACAGAGCUUUGUCGAAACCUCUCUGUUGUGUGCUACAUUAAUCGACCGUAUUCCAAGUUUAAGUCAUGGUUAUAUAUGACUGUUCUCGUCUUCAUAUGUUUUAUCAUAAUGCGCAAAUAUUUGUCACAGCUUUGCUCUAUCGGUGGUAUUAUCGUUAUAAUUAUUAUGUCAAAGACUGAUGUAUUUACGAAGAAUUUCCAAACUCGGGGAAUAAUCCCUUCGCCGAUAUACAGUGGAUACACAAUAUUGACACAGUACGCGAUUACGUAUACGAAUAUUAAUGAAUUUUGAAAUAAUUGUAUUUGUUAAUAAAUUCUCUACAUAGAAAAAUAAUUUUACGUGAAAAAGAAACGAUAUAGUCAAAUUUUUAUAUACAGAAUCGCGUACUAUGCGAUCAUUUUGUCCGCCUUUGUCUAUUAGCGGCGCGUCCAACUGCACAGACGCGACUAAAGCGCUUAUUAUUAUUGUGCAAUCGAUAUAGUGAGGACAAGAAAUUUGCGAAAUAAUGUAAUGCAAUUAUUACGAUUAUUGUAAUUCUUGUGAUACUUUACACUUUCUACUUUGAAUACCUACACUAUACUUGUCUACUUGUACAUAGUAUUAAUUGAUUCUUAAUAAUCGUGCGUUCGCUUGUUGAAACGUAAUUUUCUCGAUAAAAUUUUAAUGAUAGUGGAAAUCGAGUUCUGAUUCGAAUUUUCGAAACACGCGACCAAUUGUUAACAUCGAAAAAUUAUUUUCGAGUCAACGAAUGUAUUUAUUCUUUAGAUCACUGGUAACAAAUUUUGACAACGAAAACUUGAGAACUUUGAUCUUCCAGAAAAAAAAUUAGUUCUAUUGUUUUCUAUUUCCUUACUAUCUUGUAAUCAAACUACUUGUAAUUCUUCUUCAACAAGUUUCGAAAACUUGUAUUAGCAUACAAAAAAUUCCAUUAUUUUACAAUGAUAUAAAAAUCUUUGAAUUAGUAAGUUUACUACAUAAUAUUCUCUCUGAGGCGUGAUGUUGUAGAAAAUUUAAUCGACAAGCGAAUGCAAACAGACUAUUGGAUCAUCGAUUAAACUUAAGACGAAGAUCCGACAGUCGCGUUGAUAAUUUAAGAGUUCGUCCACUCUUUGCCUUCCAGAAUCUUUCACUAGAUCUCUUUGUCUCUAUCAUCGACAUGUGUUUUUCUUCAAUUCACGUAUAUCAUAUUAAUUGCAUACAUACGUGUAAGCAGCCUUAUCUGCGACUAUGAAAUAUUUAGCGAUUGAAUAAUAAGUGAUGGAAUCUGAUGGAUAAAAUAUUAAUAUUAAUAUUUCGAAUGCAUAAAUAGAGAAAAAUUAUAUAAUAAAAGAUUAAUUUUGAAAUAAUAUGUAUAAAAAAAUUAAAUAGAAUAUGUCUUUAACUUUGUUAUCUAUAAAAAAAGAAAGAAUGAAAUUUGAUUGGGACAAAAUUGUUUAAACAUUUUGUAUAAUGUCUUUAUUUUAUCCAUCAGUGUAUGUCAACUUCUGAUUAAUGAGGCUGAAUAGUCGCUUCAAUCGGCAUUGUAUCGUAUGUGAAAAACCCGGGACCGAUUUUUUUAGCAUGUGAUAUCUUCGAUUACCAAAAGAACAAAAAGAAAAAAAAAUAGAAAAAAAGACCUAAUCUCUUUAUGGUUGAAGAUAUUGCUAAAUAUAUCAGAAAAAUUAUUAUAUUAUGGCAAUGAUAAUUAUUAUAUAUAUUGUUCACAUAUACAUAUAUAUAUAUAUAUAUAUAUUUAUCAAUAUUUCAUAUUUAUUAUAUUGAUAUAUUUAAUUAUAUUGUAUCAAUCUCGAUACACUGAUAAAAGAGAAUUUAAUUGAAAAUGUUGACUUAUACAGUUUAUCAACGUUUAAUGGCAUAUUCUCUUACUACUUGUCAUUCUGCGAUAUAUGUACAUAUUGUACAACUUUGAAGGGAAAAAAAAAUCACCUUCUAUCACAAUAUGUUCACAAAGAAUUAUAAAGGGGAAAAAAAAAAAAAUCUAUUUCUGAACUUCGUCUUUCAAAUCUAUAAUCAGUUACAAUAAAUGGAUACACUCCGUUUGUAUCAGCUUCGAAAUUUUAUUAAUAUACUUUUUCAAUCUCUAU